AUGAAUCAAGUGUUUUUGCUAUGUGUUUCUCUGGAGCUAAUAGCGUGUGCCAUUUGCUUUGGAAUACACAUAGCUGGUUCCUCGUACUUGUCGGAGCCACUGCCGCACAAUGUGAUCUUUUGCGGGACCUUUGGUGGCUAUAUGUUGGUUUCGAUUUUUAUAAAUGUGGUAGGUAUGCUAAUGCACUUCACGUGUGCUAUAUGUUCGCUCUAUUAUGCCGAGACGGACUUUCAUUUGAUAUUCAUGGGUCCACAACAGGAGCUGAGUCACAUAUUUUUUAGCUACUGCAAGAUGCAGAGCGUGGCGAGCCUUGUAGCUGGUGCCACAUAUAUGUUGCAUGGCACACUUAUAUUGGAUUUUAUACUCAUGACGCCACGCGAUGAAGACAAAAGGCCCGUGGUAAUUGUUGAGGAAGUAGAGGAGCUGGAGGACUCAAUGAGCACAAUGAAUGCGGAUUAUCGCGAUCACAUCGCCCGCACCUCACCCCGGGUUUACUUCAUAAGCAGACGCAUCGAUCACUGGUUUUGUGUACGCUUUAAAUUCUUUCGCCAGCUGGCGCGAGGCCAGUGGCUAGCUACCAACGAGGACGUAAAAGAGCUAAGCGAAACUUUAGUCUCGGAGAAGUCCUUUAAUCUUACUGCGGAUAGCUCUACGCAUGAAGAGCAAUUAGUGCGGAUUACUCAGAUUCUCAAUAUCGAACAGGAGGAGACAAUUUCCGUAGCUAGUGCCAAAUCAGACGAUGAAGGGACAGAGAAAGAGCCGCCGGCUAUGAGCGAGAAGCCUUCGGAAUCCGAGUUCAGACAUUAAGCACAUAAUUUGUUGUUGGUUGAGUUUUAAAUUGCUGAAUGCAUGUGGCUUGAUUGGUCCACAGUUGAAACUAAAGUUAUAUUUGCUUAUGCGAUAUGCAUGGCUCAAAUUGCAGUCACUUGCUCUCGUAUUUGUAUCCAUUUUAUGCAUUUGACUGGCUAAAUUACCAACUUGUCAUGGAACUCCAGGCUUCAAAAUUAGAAAAGCACUAGCA